UUUGUGCAGCUCAUAGAUGCAGAAAUGCUCAAUUAAAUCACCUUUAUAUUUUAUUCUGUGUAGUUGUUUAAACGUAAUACAACAAGAAGCACUUGAUGUCCAACAAAAAGUCACCCACAACUUCCAGGACUUAAAUGCUGUUAAAUGCUCAAACAAGAUGGAACUUUGUGUUGCUGCAGUGCUUUUGUCCUACUUCGCUCCAGCUUUGGGAUCAGCUUUUGGCAGGGAAAUGCCAGCUUCUCAAAUGGAUGAAAUUCAUGAAUACGACAAGCCAUUUCAUUAUGAUUAUGAAUCUCUGAGGAUCGGUGGUAUGAUCUUUGCUGUGAUCCUCUUCUUGAUGGGGAUCUUCCUCAUUGUCAGUCGGAAAUGCCGCUGCAAAGGGAACAAGUCAAAGCCAGUGGGUAUUGACACAGAGGCAGCCAGAGGUGCAAAAUAAAGUAAGCUGAGGGAAUGAAAGCAUGGCUUCUUAAGGAGAAAUCUUAAUCAGAACUUUGACCAUUUGGAAGAAGAAAAAGUCACUUGAGGAUUUAGUUCUUCUAGUGUUCACAAUUUUACAUUUUUAUGUCUUUGUCUCUGGGUACA